AUGGCCGGAGCRCUCUGGCAGUGGCAGCCCUGGCUCGGAGCGGUGCGUGUCGCCGCGGGCCCUGAGUCACCGCUCGCAGUAUCUGUUUCCGCAAGGAGGGGUUGUGGCUGUGGUGGCGCGUUUGCGUUUGGAUUUAUUGACACUCCAGCGCCGGGAGGCGAAACUCGCCUGGGUGCAGAAACGGGGCGCCAUGCAGCCCAGCAGCUUCCUCGGCUCUUUGUCACCAUCCUCCCUCCUGCCACCCUUAACCCCAAGCCGUCACCGAGGGGCAAUAAAGCCACAGUCGCUCUGUCGGCUCCUUUGGUGAGCCGUGUGUGCCAYGUGUCCCCUUCCCUCCUGGCAGGCGCCGUGCUGCCCUUGGCGUGCGGCGCCGCGCACCGCGCGUGGUGCCGGGUCGUCAACAUGUCGGCGCCGCGCGCCUCCCUCCUCUCCGCCGCCAACGGCACAGCGCAGAGCGCCGCGGCCGCCGGCAGCGCCGCGGGCCGGCUCUACGGCGGCCUCGCGUUGGCYGUGGGCUCCAGCGUCUUCAUCGGCGCCAGCUUCAUCCUGAAGAAGAAGGGCCUGCUGAGACUGGCCACCAAAGGAGUCGCCAGAGCAGGACAGGGUGGAUAUGCUUAUUUGAAGGAAUGGCUUUGGUGGGCUGGAUUGCUGUCAAUGGGAUUGGGAGAAGCUGCCAACUUUGCUGCCUACGCCUUUGCCCCUGCAACCUUAGUUACUCCCUUGGGUGCACUGAGUGUGCUUAUCAGCGCAAUACUCUCCUCUUACUUCUUAAACGAGACACUGAAUAUCCAYGGGAAGCUGGGCUGUGUGCUGAGCGUGCUGGGGUCUACAGUCAUGGUUAUCCAUGCGCCCGAGGAGCAGGAGGUCACCUCGCUGGGCGAGAUGGAAGUAAAGCUGCAAGAUCCAGUGUUUGUCACAUUUGCUGUUGUCACAACAGCCRUCGCUCUUGUGCUGAUAUUUAUUGUGGCUCCAAAGAGAGGUCAGACAAAUAUAUUGAUCUACAUUUUAAUUUGUUCACUCAUUGGUGCCUUCUCUGUCUCAUCUGUCAAAGGCCUGGGCAUUGCCAUCAAACAAAUGCUGCAGGGGAAGCCAGUUUAUCGACAUCCAUUGGUUUACAUUUUGGUGGGAAUCUUAGUGCUCUCGGUCAGCACUCAGAUCAACUACCUCAACAAAGCGYUGGACACGUUCAACACGUCUCUGGUAACCCCUAUUUAUUACGUGUGCUUCACCACCACAGUGGUCACGUGCUCCAUCAUCCUCUUCAAGGAGUGGAACAGCAUGGACCCYGGGGACAUCGUUGGCACCCUGAGCGGGUUCUGCACUAUCAUCAUAGGCAUUUUUUUCUUGCACGCUUUCAAAAAUAUUAACAUCACCUGGAAGCAGCUGAUGUCCACGGUUGUAAAGGAACCUUCAUUGCCAAGCCAUGAAGGUGACUGCUGUCAUACCUUGCUGGAGAACAUGGAAAGCCCAACUUCGGCACAUGAGGAGGACAAUGUGUUAUGCAGGCAAGRAAGCUCUCAAGCAACUUUUCCUCAGUGAAGGACUAGGAAGUGCAGGCUCAGGCUGCCUGAGUUCCUCAGGACCCUUUGCCUUUCAGAAGUCCUCUGGAAGGCCACCUGUGGAGUGAGUUACGUGUGGGAUACCUUCCCUGUGCCACGAAAAGCAGCCAGCUCUUGGUAGAAAWGAAUGAAAAGGAUUGGGAAUGAACAGGACGGACACAAGCCCAAUGUGGUUUCAGCAUCAGGCAAUAAAUAGGUCUGUCUAAUUUCUAGAUAUAACAACUGCUGGGAAUUUUAAAAUUAAAAGUUAUAUUCUUAGAUAUAUUUACAGUGUGCAAAUUUUCCAUCACGGUAAAAGAUAAUGUCCGUGCUGAAAUAACAAGCAGUCUAUUAUCUUAGUA